GAAUCGUUUGCUGGAAGGGACUGACAUGCAUGAAGAUUGUGGCAGCUCGGUGGUUUGUGUUGGGAAGAUCAAGUCUACCGUACGUAGGAUCUCUCCUAUCCAGAUGGUCUGGUAAUGAACAUGAAGCCGGUGAACACGAGCUGCCCUUCAGGUUCGAGUGAAAAUUGCCGAGAACAAGAAAAGACAUAUAAGCAUCACUCACCCCCAUGGACUUUCCAACAAGCCAGCAACCAUCAUCAACCAUCCCACUACCCCAAACACCAACACCAACGACAACAUCAACAACAAUUUCCCAACGACCGCCAAAAUGCGCCUCUCAAUCCUCACCACAAUCCUCACCCUCCUCCACCUCCACCUCACCACCGCCGCCAUCCUCCCCCACCGCGAGUCCAACAUAAAGCUGCUCAAAACCCUACCCAAAACCAACCUAAAGACCACCAGAACCACCCCCUUCCCGCCCCCCGCCAACAACACCAACAGCAACUCAACCACCUACCCAACCCCCAAAACCUACGCCCUCCUGCUCUUCCGCCAAUUCGAGAUCCUCGACGCCUACGGGGCCGUCGAAAUCCUUCAAUUCGUCGCCGACUUCCACCCCUUGCGUCUCCUCAUCUUUUCCCUUAACCCCCCUUACUCUUCCGGUCUAUCACCAGUCCUCACUUCCCCCCCGCCCCCAAAUUCGUCCAUGAACCCCAUGAACAGCAGUUUCUAUCCAACCUUCAACCCCACCCAUCCGAUCCCCACCACGGACCAACAGUGGGAGGAGAUGCGCGAGGUGUUGGAGAGUGUGGAUGUUCUGAUUGUGCCGGGCGGGGAGGGGGUGUAUAGUCCUGAUUUGGAAGGGGAGGGGAGGGAGUUGGAGUUUUUGAGGAGGAUGGUUGGGGAGUUUGGGAUUGGUGGGAAGAAGAACGACAAGGAUAAAUAUCUGGUGAUGGUGUGUAUUGGUGCUGCGGUGGCGGCUAGGGCGGGCGUGCUGGAUGGGCGGAGGGCGACUACUAAUAAGAUGGCUUGGGGCGAGGUGACGCCUUUGGGAGAGAAGGUUAAGUGGGUCUCGCCGGCUCGAUGGGUGGUUGAUGGUAACAUCUGGACUUCGUCAGGAGUCACGGCGGUGUUGGAUUUGACGUUUGAGUUCGUCAGGCAGAUGUACCCGGACGGAGUGGACAUGGCAUAUGAGAUUGCUGGAGCGAUGGAGCAUGAGCCGGUGAUGGAUUGGAGGUAUGAUCCGUUUGCUGAACGAUUUGGGGUCCCGCCGCAGAAUUAGGGUGCGGUGAUGUUGGGUGUGGACGGCAAGGGGAAGAACUGAGCGAUACUACGUCUUGGAUGAAGGGGAGAGUUGGUCAUGAAUCCAAUGUCACGGAAGGUGUAGGGAGUAAACUUGAGUAAGUAAUGAGUUGUAAGGCAACUAUAUAUACAUUGAGUGACAGUUGGUGUUGGAGUGUCUAAAACAGCCGGUUGAUAUAUAUAAUAACUUUGGUCUUGCACGCCUCCCCAUACAAUGAUAUCUAUGUUAAAUACACGAGUUCUAAACAUACUUCUCCUGUAACCCUUAACAAGUUCCAUCGUCUCAAGCAUACGAGAAAUGCUACACCUUUUAUC